UAACAAUGGCUUACGGUUUAGCAAUGAAAACGCAUGCUCCCGUCGCUGCUGACCACCCACAGCUGGGAGCCGCACUCGGCCAAACACCUGUGGGCACCUGCUGCGUGUUGAGCACCGUGCAGACUCCACAGGGAAUCCUUGGGGCUCGUGGGAGCCAAACCCAGCUGGGCCUGAACCAGCACAGAGGCGGAGGGGACGGGGGAGUCUGACCAUCCAGCCAAGGUCCAUCUGGAGACCCCUGGGGGGCCCAGACCAAGGGGCAGCCAGGGCUGAGCUGGCCAGGGUACCCGCCCCUGCAGAGAGGAUAAGGACCACUGUCCACCAUGGUGAAGCUGGGCUGCAGCUUCUCUGGGAAGCCAGGUAAAGACCCUGGGGACCAGGAUGCGGCCGCCAUGGACAGUGUGCCUCUGAUCAGCCCCUUGGACGUCAGCCAGCUCCAGCCGCCGCUUCCUGAGCAGGUGGUCAUCAAGACGCAGACAGAAUACCAGCUGUCCUCCUCGGACCAGCCGAAGAAGUUCCCUGACCUGGAGGGCCAGAAGCCAAACUGCAGCCACGUAGAGGAAGGGCGCAGGCUGCCCACAGGGCGGAUGAUUGCCUUCACCAUGGCGCUGAUGGGCUGCGUGCUGAUCCUGUACAAGGCCAUCUGGUACGACCAGUUCAGCUGCCCCAACGGCUUCCUGACUCGGCACAAGCUGUGCGCGCCGCUGACCCUGGAGAUGUACUACGCCGAGAUGGACCCGGAGCGCCACCGCAGCGUCCUGGCGGCCAUCGGGGCCUACCCGCUCAGCCGCAAGCACGGCACCGAGCCGCCGGCGCCCUGGGGGGACGGCCGCCGCGCCAACAGGGAGGAGCGCAAGGGGCCCACCCAAGCUGGGGCGGCGGCGGCCACCGAAACCCCCGGGAAGCCGUCGGCGGAGGCGGAGAAGGAGGCGGCGCAGAAGGCGGCGGGGAGCGCGGCGCCUCCGCCCGCGCAGUGAGGGUCCCCUGCCCGCAGCCCAGCCCGGGCGCCCCCCGGCAGCUCCCGUGACCAGCGCGCCGCCCCCGCUCUCCGCGUGUUCGUGUCUCGCCCCAGGCGCCCUCGCUGCAGCCCCGCCCCCUUGGGUCUCUGUCGCUUUUCUCUAAGUAAAGAUUUCGCGUC